AUGGACUACACGGAGGGUCAGCGGGACGAGUGGAUGAUUGUCAGGGACAAGGUGCUCUACUAUGUGGGGUUUUACGGCAUGUUUCGCGGCGGCGAGCUGGUGGGCAUUCAGUGGCAGCACGUGCACUUUCCGCGCUCAGGCGGCGUGAUGAUCUUCGUGCCCAGCUCCAAAACUGACCCCCAGGGGGCGGGCGCCUGGGUCUACAUCCCUGCGGCCAAGGGGGCCGAGGGGGCGCUCGUGGACAUUGUGGCGGCGCUGCAGCAGCUUCAGGAAAUGCAGGGCGGGCAGGGGUACGUCUUCCUGGCCCGGCGCGACCAGACGGCACCCCUUAGCAAACAGACAGUGACGUGGCGGGUGCGCAAGGCGCUGCAGGGGCGCGUUCAGGACCCGUCGCUGUAUGCAACGCACUCGCUGCGGCGCGGGGGCGCGACGCACGCGGCGCGCUGCGGCGUGAGCCUGCGGUACAUCAUGGUGCUGGGACGCUGGCGCUCAGAUGUGGUGCGGCAGUACAUCUACUGCAGCGGCAAGGAGGCCAUGGCGGCGGCGACGAAGAUGCUGCAGGAGCCGUGA